AUGGGAAACUCAGUCUCAACCGUCACACCAUCUGCCGCGACUGCUGGCAUAGACUCCUACGUGAGCGAACUAGGAGAUAUCCACUAUGACAAAAGGCAAGCAGGCCUUCUCCACUGUUACUUUGGCCAUACCAUUCUAGGGAGCGCCAGGUUCAUGAAGACUAUCAGAGGCCGCCAGAGAGACGGAACUGUUGUUGUCAAAAUAUUCGUCAAGCCUGAAUCAGGAUAUUCACUCAAACGGAUAGCCAGGAAACUCAACGAGGAACGCGACAUCCUCUCCGAUGUCCCCAAUGCCAUUGCGUUCCAAAAGGUUCUGGAGACUGACCGAGCUGGAUACUUGAUCCGCCAAUACUUCUUCAGCAGUCUUUACGACCGCAUCAGUACUCGACCUUUCAUGAACCUUAUUGAGAAAAAGUGGGUGACCUACCAGCUUCUAAAGGGCCUCGCGGAUUCACAUGCCAGAAACGUUUACCAUGGCGACAUCAAGACGGAGAACUGUCUAAUGACUUCAUGGAACUGGGUUUACCUGAGUGACUUUGCUGGAUACAAGCCAACCUUCUUGCCCGAGGACAACCCGGCAGACUUUUCGUUCUUCUUUGACACUUCAUCGCGGAGAACAUGCUACCUCGCUCCAGAGAGAUUUUACAAGCCAGGAGUCGACACUGAAAAGCAAAAACUAGCAGAGGAUCCAGGCAACAUCUUUACAGGACUGACAACGGCCAUGGACAUCUUUUCUAUUGGAUGUGUCAUCGCGGAGCUCUUCUCGGAAGGCACGCCGAUCUUCUCACUCUCGCAAAUGUUCAAAUAUCGCAGUGGAGAGUACGAUCCUACGCCCUACAUCAACAAGAUCGAGGAUGACCAUAUCAAGGCUUUGAUCCGACAUAUGAUUCAGUUGGAUCCCUCAAAGAGAUACAGUGCAGACCAGUACUUGGCGGAGUGGAGGGACCGUGCAUUUCCAAAGUACUUUUAUACAUUUCUUCACCAGUACAUCCACUCGGUGACUGAAUCUGCAGGCGAGUCGUCCAACGCUGGAGCUAUCGAGAGCGCGAUCUUUCCCAACAUUCAGGAACUUCAAACACGGCGGAUCAAAACCGAUGCGGACGAAAAGAUUGAGCGCAUCCAUCACGACUUUGACAAGAUCAUGUUCUUCCUGGGGCUGAACCCGCAGAGGUCUCCAGAGACGAGCAGCUCCGAUGCCGAAGGUUCUGUUGACGCGCUCUCCAAGGGUCUGACAACAUUGACCGUGGCGGACAAACAGGCUAUCAGCAAAGAAGACUCACAACAUACCCCAAACGAGGGAGCCCUCAUCUUCCUCUCCUUACUGUGCUCUUCAAUGAGAAAUACCGCCUACCCCUCCUCCAGGAUGAAUGCUCUGGAUAUGCUGUUGUCUAUCGGCAGACACGUGGCAGACGACAUCAAGCUGGAUCGACUCGUGCCAUACAUCGUCUCUUGCUUGAGCGACGAUGUGGCCCGAGUGAAGGCCCAUGCCGUGAAGACCCUAGCCAAAAUGCUGGAUGAGGUCGAGACGCUGGAUGUAAUUAAUGUCACGAUUUUUCCGGAGUACAUUCUGCCAGCAUUGCAGUCGUUUCCUCUGGACAAGGAGGUGCUUGUCAGAUCGGCUUAUGCUGGAUGCAUCGCCCAGUUUGCCCAGACUGCCAUGCGCUACCUCGAGCUCGCGCAACUGCUUAAAAACGACGGAGCGUUUACUAGAAACGAAGGAGAUGGAGAUGUGGAAGGAUCUCCAUAUGAAGCAACUUAUGAUUCAGCGCUAUCCGACCUCCAGGCGACCAUCGAGGACCAAAUUCGGAUACUGUUGGUUGACCCAGACAGCAGUGUUAAGCGAGCCUUGCUUUCAGACAUGACUUCGCUCUGCAUCUUCCUGGGCAAGCAACGAGUGGACGACGUGCUUCUGUCGCAUAUGAUCACAUAUCUCAACGGACGUGACUGGAUGCUUCGCAGCGCGUUCUUCGAAAGCAUUGUUGGCGUCGGGACAUUUGUAGGCGGCCGUAGUCUUGAAGAGUACAUCUUGCCGCUCAUGGUCCAAGCCUUGACUGAUUCGGAGGAAUUUGUGGUGGAGAAGGUGCUCAAGUCACUGGCCAGUCUGUGCGAUUUGGGCCUGUUCCAGAAAAUGGCUAUCUGGGAUCUCGUUGGAGUUGUCGCGCCUCUGCUUUGCCACCCAAACCUCUGGAUCCGCUAUGGUGCCAUUGGGUUUAUUGCUUCAACAUCUCAACGCCUCCCAGUCGCGGAUAUCUGGUGCAUGAUUUACCCUAUCAUCAGGCCCUUCAUGCGGUCAGAUGUUGGAGAGGUCAAUGAGCUUCACUUGCGAGAGAACGUCAAGCCACCUCUCAGUCGUAAUGUCUUUGAGAGCUCGAUUCAGUGGGCGGCUGUGGCUAACAGGACGUCAUUCUGGCCAGUUCGCGAUCGGCCUGCUGCCACGCGGUCCGUCUCUGUUUCCUCGAGCCAUUCUCUGACUGUUCCGCUGGAUCUGCAAUCGGGGCGUGCCAACGAGCCAACGCCGCUGUUCGUGGUUGUCAAGUCAUCAGAGUACGUUGGUUUAACUGCAAGUUUAUGUCCUGAAACUGAAAUUUUGAACGCAAGAAUUGACGUCUACGCAUUUGUUAUCACUAGAGAUGAAAAGUACCUCGACAAACUUCGUUCGAUUGGAAUGACACAAGACGACGAAUACAAGCUCACUGCGAUGAGGGAGUACAUUUGGAAGAUUUCUCGUUCCCGUCAAAACGCUAGACCCAAAGGACGCGACGAUGAGCCUCCAGGUGUCACCAAAGACGGCAGUGUCGACCUUCAGCAGAUUGGCAUCACUCCAGUUACUGUCUUCCUCUCGCCCGAUCUCAUCGAGAAGGACUUUGGCUCAACGCGUGCUUACCCAAGGAUAAGCAAGACGAAAGCGUAUGACAAUUCAUUGCUCCACCCCCACAGAAAGGUUGUAAAGUCCAGCACUAUGGGAAACAUGCCGCGGAUAUCCAGCGAGAGCACCAUCUUCAGCGCCACCAGGACCAAAGACAGCUCUAUCACAUCCAUCUACGAUGGCACCCCCUUCGACCCUUCAGCAUCAGGAAGCACAGCGGCCAACUUGUACCUGCAAUCAGCCCAAGACCGACAAUCCACAGCCUCCUUUGCAUCCUCAAUGGCGCCUAGCUCCUUCCAGGCGUCCAGCUUUGGCCAGAACAUUGCACAUUCGUUUCCCAACAGCCCUGAUAACCCCAGGGCGCGGUCAAUGACGUCCAACAUUGUCCUUGACAAGAAUGCGAAACGGACACGGAUCUUGCUGACUCCUGGUAGCACUGUCACGUCAGAGACUGGAAAGGCCGCUGCUGCGACGAGCAUGAGCGAGACCAACGCGCAGGGUACGAUCGAGCUGCCAGCCAAUGAGAGGACUGUUCAAGACGUGAUUGCGGGAUCGGGAGUUGACAUGCCCAAACCCAACUCACCUCCUUGGCAAGCUCAAUUCGACGACUCUUAUUCGGGACUACACGGCGUGGAUGGACGAGGAGCGGACACGUUUGGGAUGGCUGCAUUUAAUCAUUCUGUUGAUGGCGGCAAGAGAAACCUUGCUGAACUCUUGGUCCACCAGACCCUCAAGGUCUUCCAAUCGCCAACGCAUGAGUUUGGUCCAACUGUACUCCCUCUUUCGGAGCAACGCCGUAUCAACCGGAACAAUUCGCAGACGGUCCGAAGUCAAUGGCGACCCAAGGGUGUUUUGGUGGCGCAUCUAGCUGAACACAAGGCUGCUGUAAACCAGAUCUGCGUGUCGCCCGACCACAACUUUUUUGUGUCUUGCUCGGAUGAUGGCUCGGUCAAGAUCUGGGAUACUGCUCGUCUGGAAAAGAAUGUCACCAACAGGGCGAGAAUGUCCUACAACUCCAUCGGUGGCAAGGUGACGUGCAUGUCCUUCAUCGAAAACACGCACAGCGUCGCAGCAGCCUCAGACAAUGGCUCGAUCCACGUGUUCCGGGUACAUUACAUCUCGAGUGGAAAGUACGGCAAAUGCGAAACCGUGCGCAAGAUAACUCUAAACAACGAGUAUGCCGUGACCAUGGAGCACUAUCAUACAGAAUCGCAAUCGCUCUUGGUGUACGCGACGAACCGUGGCAACAUCUAUGCGCUCGAGUUGGGCACCAUGCGGCCAGCCUGGCAGUUGAGCAACAACAUCUCGCACGGAAUCAUCACGGCGAUGGUGAUUGAUCGCCGCAAGUCAUGGUUACUUGUAGGCACCAACAGAGGCGUUUUGACCUUGUGGGAUCUCCGGUUCAUGAUUUCCAUCCGCUCAUGGGUCCACCCAACCAAAUCCAGGAUCAGCCGUCUCGUCAUCCAACCACCACCACAAGUGAACGGCGAGAAACCGGUAGACUACAAGGACAGGAUCAUUGUCGCCUCUGGCAAGAACGAAGUCUCUGUGUGGGAUAUCGAACAGAACGAAUGUCUUGAGAUUUUUGGGGUCCGGAACGCAGAUGACAAGAAGGCGCUCUCGUUUGAUAGUUUCAAGGCGAUCGAACCUCUCUCGGGGAGCGAGCUGUUGCGGAACUCGUUCACGCCAAAUGACUCGAAUGUUUCGUCGGACCAAAGUGUUCAUGCGGUGAUCUUCCCUACUGACUGCGAGUAUAUGAUCACUGCGGGCGCAGAUCGAAAGAUUCGGUACUGGGAGAAGAGUCGUAUCGAGCUGUCGUUUGUCAUUAGUGGACAUGAUCCUCAAGACCAACUACCCAAAUACGCCAAGCAAAGGAUUGAAGGACUUCCAGUGCACUAUGAAGUGACCCCUGUCCCGCCGGCAAAGCCUAGACCUACUGGACGCAACAACGCCAUUACUGCCCAGCAACAACAACUACUUCGAAACCACCUUGACGCGAUUAUGGACAUUGCAUUAACAGAGCUCCCUUGCAUGCUGCUCAUAUCUGGCGAUCGUGAUGGAGUCAUCAAGGUCUUCAGUUAG